AGUCAUGUCAUUCUCAUUCAUUGUGAUAAUGUGUUUACUAUUUCUUACUUGUAGUAACUAAACAAUAUAAAAAGCGUGUAAUAAGCAAUGACUUUAUUAUAAUUUGAGUGUAUUGAUUUCAAAUAAUACUAAAACAUAAUAUCUUAUAAUCAGAUAUGGUUUAAAGGUGUAAACGUGUUCGUCUUAUACCAGCUGCUAAAAGUGCAUCGUCCCACUUAUUGGUAUAAGUGUAUCGUAAAAUAUUGAAUGAUAAAAUAACAUAAUAUCAAUUAAAAUGGCAUUUUAUACAUGUAAUCGAUAUAGAUUAAUAGUAAUACUACUGCUCGUGUUGAUUAUGUGGCAGUUCUUCCGCCUGUUGCCUGAUAAAUCUGCCACACAAAUAUCAGAGUCUGGUAUAGUGGAGUUGGAAGAUGACAAGUAUAAUAAGCAUAAACAAGACAAAGUUAAGGUGAGGGUGUAUUAUGAAGCCCUUUGUCCGGACUCCAAGCAUUUCUUUGUGAGGCAUCUGGGACCAGUGACGGAAAAGCUAUCGGAGUUCCUAGAUGUUACAUUAGUACCCUAUGGAAAGGCUACAACCAAAGAAGAGAAUGGGAAGUAUUUCUUCCAAUGCCAGCAUGGUGAGGAAGAGUGUUAUGCUAACAAGAUCCAUGCGUGUGCAAUAGAGGCUGUGGCUAACAUGACUACGUCUGUCAAGAUAACUGAAUGCAUGAUCUCAGACAAUAUGGAUGCUGAUGGUGCUCUUGCCAGAUGUGCAAAGGAAAUGAAGAUUGAAGCUGAUCCUAUCAGUCACUGUGCUCACAAUGAACUUGGAACUAAUCUACUCAAGAAACAUGGAGAUGAUACCCAUAUAUUGAAGCCAACAUUUAUUCCGACAAUAACAAUCAAUGGUUCAAGGGACAACCAAGCUGCCAUACUGAAAAAUUUCCUAUUAGAAGUAUGCAAAUUGAUUGACAUGCCUCUACCACCACCAUGCUUGUGACAAAACAAAUUUUAUCGUCCAAACUUGCAUAACAUACUCCAGCAUUUUGAGUAAAUCCAUGAAUUCCAGUGUUUUGUUAAUGUUAAGCUCAAAUUUAAAUUGCUCAGUUAAUACUUCCAUGAAAUUUUUAAAUACUAUGGCAAUUACCAAUGCUGUGUACACGGUAUGCCUACAUUGUACAAUUUGCAACAGCUUAAUCCUAUUGAUUGUAUUCCAUUCAAAUAAAUUACUCAUGGUAGCAAGCAAUUAGAAACGCACUAUCAUGUGCACUAUUAUUGGUUAAGCAAAUCAUUUUAUUGAAUGUUUUGGGAACUAAAAAGGCUAUUGAAGUAUUAUAUUCAAAAAUAUAAUUUUGGUGAUAUGUUAGAUAUAUUAAUUGUUUGUUUAUAAGUACCUAAGUUGUAAUGGGUUGUGUUUCCUAAACUUUAAUGAGUCAAUGAACAAAUAUUUUUAGAAAUUUUCUGACCAAACAACUUUGGUUGUUAUUGCAUUUAGUGAUAACUACAUUAUUUUCUUUAACAAACUGUUGUAUUUUUAUAACUUUAAUUUACCCAUUUUUCUAUAAAACCUUUUUCAGUCAAUUUAUAAAAUGUAAUCAUGAUGAAUUUCUUGUAAUGGUAGGUCCAGUAUAAACUAAAAUACUUACUUAAUUAAAUCAUUCAUGAUAAUAUUUUACGCUUUAGGUUAAAAGUCUGAACAAACUAAGUGUGUAUAAUCCAAUCAAUCAAUCAAUCAUCAGCCUAUCGCAGUCCACUGCUGGACAUAGGCAAAGACUGUAUAAUCCAAACUAGAAGAUAUUUUUAGUGACAGUAUUUUUUUUAAACUGACUGUAAACUUUUCAUAAAUCAUAGCUAAAAUGUAUAUGAUCAUAACCAUAACAUUAAGGGUUUCUUUUAAGGGAACAUGUGAUGAAAAACCGUUUCAUUUUACAUAUAAUUAUAAUGUAUUGUUUUCGGCUUUUUGUAGCAGAUUUAUAAUACCAUUAACAUGAUCAUUUUUGUGGCCCACAUUUAAGUUUUUACAGAGCCAGUGUAAGAACUUAAAAAUGUAUAAGGUAUUUUCUUAUGCGAUGGCAUUGGUAAAUAUACGUAAAAUUCCGAUAUUACGGACUGUUUCAGAUACAACAUUCAAAAUAAUAAAAGUUAUAGUGUCUUCCUAAGGUGUUAGAUGAGACAAAAAUUCCAUAAAUAAUUUUAAAGAAAUGUUGUGAUGCACUAUAUUUAAAGUCAAUGAAGAGGCUCGAUGUUUAUCUUAAGGUAAAAGGGAAAGAAACUGCGAUAGUUACAACUCUUAGCGAGGGUUACUUUAUUUCGGGGGUAGAUGUAGUGGGAAAAUGUCGUUUUGUUGUACUGUGUAUAGAUUGUAGAAAUGACGCUGUGAAUUUAAUAAUAAAAAUAUAAUGUCUCGAACGUAAAAAAAA